AUGAUUGACAGUCAGCUGAAUGGGCCGCCGAGCUUUUCGCCGUCCAACUUUCAGAACGAUUCCACCACCACCACUACGACUAUGGCUAGUAGCGGUGGUGGUGGAUACUGGGGUCAACGACCACCGCCACCACCGCAAGGUUAUCAAUACGAAUCGUACAGGUCGUCGUCGUCGUCAUCGUCUCAGAGUGAUAGUAGUCAUGUUUUUAGAAACGCUGAGACGACACAGACGUCGUCGACGAAGACUGUGACGUAUGGAUCUGGCGGCGUCACUCGUGUUACCGUUGUUCGUAAUAGUAACAAUGAGGCGCCAUGUGGUUGUGAGGAGGAGGAGGGAGCCAACAAUAAUUAUCCAUAA